AUGUCUACUCCAAUGCUGUCUCAAGAUUACUUACCUUGUCUGCUGGACAACACUCAUAGAUCGGAUGUUGCUUCAUCAUGCCUCAGCGGCAAGGUCAUUGUUGUUACAGGGGGUGCGAAUGGUAUAGGGCUUGACUUGGCCCGAGGCAUUGCUGAGGCUGGAGGUGACGUUGCUGUUUUGGACAUAGCAGAAAAUACACCUUGCGAGCUUGUACAGCUUGAAAAAUCCCUCGGGAUAACGGCGAAGUAUUAUUUGACCGACGUCAGCGACAAGGAGAAGCUUGAGCAGACAUUCAAUGAGGUUGUCCAUGAUUUUGGUCACAUUGAUGGUUGUGUGACGGCUGCUGGAGUCAUGAUGAUGGCAGAAUUCCUAGACUAUAAGUGGGAGGAUGUGGUGAAGACGCAAAUGAUUAACGUUGUCGGAACUUUCAUGACGGCCCAACUUGCAGCAAAGCAAAUGAAAUUACAAGGCAGUGGAGGCAGCAUUGUAAUGGUUGCUUCAGUAGCAGCGCACCUUAGCUCACCUGCACUGCCAAUAUCCGCAUACACCGCAUCCAAAGGUGCUGUUAAAGCAUUAUCGCACGCUCUCACGGUGGAACUUGGACCAGCGGGUAUACGAGUCAAUACUAUUUCUCCCGGAUAUAUCAGAACAAGCAUGACUGGAAAGGUAGCCACUGAGAACCCAGAGCUUGUCUCUCGCUUCAGCUAUGAGCCUCCUCUUGGUCGUAUAGGGGAGACUCGAGAUUUAAUAGGGGCUGUUACAUUUCUCUUGACCGAAUCGUCGUCUUAUAUAUCUGAGUAUGAGAGUGUUAAUGUCCAGAACUGGACAAUCUAA